GUAAGUUUCCAAAAUGGUUGAAAAUGGCCGCAGUAUUGGAAGCGUAAUAUGUAUUAUGUGAUGUGAGUAAAUUUAUUAUUAUCUAAGCGUUGCAUGUAUUGUCGUUAAAUUAAUUAAAAUCGACGCAUGUAGUGUUUUUUGUGUCUGAAAUGAUUCACCUAUCGUGCAAGUUAUGAUUAACAUGUGUAUUUUUCGUAUAAAUUAUCUGUAUUAGGUGAAUAAAUAUUUCGCGAAAAAAUGAAUUGUGUUUUGUCAGUUUGAAAAAUAAUUAUUUCAAAUAUUGUCGGCGAGUAACUGCAAGCGAAGAAGGCAAACGAAAUUCAUGUCUUUUAAAGAAUUAGAUGUAACUGGCCGUAAGUUUUGUUGCAUAAUCUUAACGCGGUGUGAUGACAGAUACACGAGAUAUUCGCCGGCGAGUAAAACUCUAUGCAUUAAAUGCCGAGAGACAAUGGGAUGAUAGAGGCACCGGACACGUAUCUUCUACUUACCUUGAUCGGCAUAAAGGAGUUUCUCUGUUGGUCCGCGCCGAAACCGAUGGAUCUCUUCUAUUGGAAUCAAAAAUCCAACCAGAUACGGCGUAUCAAAAGCAGCAGGACACGUUGAUCGUUUGGUCCGAAGGUGAUAACUUCGAUUUAGCUUUAAGUUUUCAAGAAAAAGUUGGUUGCGAUGAAAUAUGGGAAAAAAUUUGUCAGGUUCAGGGGAAAGAUCCAUCAGUUGAAGUUACGCAAGAUAUCAUCGAAGAAUCUGAAGAUGAGCGGUUCGAUGACAUGUCCGAUACUACUCCUCCCAUCGAAUUACCCCCUUGCGAAAUCGGUCAUCUAGAAGAAAUCAAAGAACUAACGGUAUCAUGUUUGACAUCGGCGGUAAGAAAAGAGAAAUUAACGGAAGCCAUCGAGAACGACAGUUACAUUAGAAAAUUACUAAAUCUAUUUCGUAUUUGCGAAGAUCUCAAUAACGUUGAAGGGCUGCAUUAUUUAUUCGAUAUUUUCAGAAACAUAUUUUUGCUGAAUAAAAACGCUCUGUUCGAAGUAUUAUUUUCAGAUGAAUUGAUAUUCGACGUGAUUGGGUGUCUAGAAUAUGAUCCGUUGUCUCCGGAACCCAAGAGACAUAGGCAAUAUCUUAAAUACGAAUCGAAGUUUAAAGAAGUGGUUUCCAUAUCGAAUCCGGAAUUGCUGGCAAAAAUCCAUCAAACUCAUCGAGUGCAGUAUAUCCAAGAUGUGGUCUUACCAGCACCUUCGAUGUUCGAAGAUAACAUGUUAUCUGCGCUAUCUAGUUUUAUAUUUUUCAACAAAGUGGAAAUUGUUACCAUGAUUCAAGAAGACGAAAAAUUUUUGCCAGAUUUGUUAAGCAAGCUGACCGACGAAAGUACUCCGGACGUAAAACGAAGGGAUUUAAUACUCUUUCUAAGAGAGUAUUGUAAUUUUUCACAAACGCUGCAACCUCAAGGAAAAGAAUCCUUUUACAAAACGUUAUCGUCGUUGGGUAUUUUAUCAGCGCUAGAAAUCACGUUAUCGUGCGAUGAUCCGCAAACGAAAAACGCUUCGUUGGAUGUGCUAACGUAUAUAACAGAAUUUUCUCCGUCCGUUGUUCGAGAGUACACGUUGUCCCAAGUGAACAACACCGACGAUCACGAUUCCAUGCUGGUAAACGUCAUUAUCGAACAAUUGAUUUGCGAUAACGAUCCGGAAUUGGCCCGCGCCGUACAGCUUAUGUCCAAUCUUAGAAUAUUAAUCGAUCCCGAAACGAUGCUUCAUAUGAUCAAUAAAAGCGAAAAGACGGAAUUCCUCUCGUAUUUUUACAAACAUAGUAUACAAUUGUUAAUAGCUCCGUUGCUGGCCAACACAUUGUUCGAUUUUCCUAUACGAGAUGAUUACGCAACCGUUCAACUGCUCGCGUUAAUUUUGGAAUUGUUGACUUUCUGCGUGGAACAUCAUACGUAUCAAAUUAAGAAUAUCAUCUUGAGUAAAGAUUUACUGAGACGUGUGUUAAUACUAAUGAACUCUAAACACAAGUUCCUAGUUUUGUACGCUUUAAGAUUCAUGAGAAAGAUCAUCGGAUUAAAAGAUGAAUUUUAUUAUCGUUAUAUUAUCAAAGGCGAACUAUUCAAACCGGUUAUCGACUCUUUUCUCAAUAAUAAGGGGCGUUACAAUCUUUUAGAUUCCGCUAUUUUGGAAAUGUUCGAGUUUAUCAAAGUGGAGGAUAUUAAACCAUUGUACACCCAUAUUAUUGAAACUUACGGUAAACGAUUAGAAGCGGUCGAUUAUGUACAGACAUUCAAAAGUCUUAAAGUGAAGUACAAUCAACACAUGGAGAGGAUAAAAGAUCGAGAUAAAAAUAACACAAGCUUAGACAGCGUACCUUCAAUUAUGCGUGCAAAUCGCUACAGACGUGAUCAAAGGCAGCUAGACGAAGAAGAAGAGAUGUGGUUCAACGAAGAUGAUGAUUUCGAUGAAGGCGAAGCCGUCGUACCGGCUACCAAUUCUAGUUUAAUUAAUAAAAAAUUGAAUAGCGAGUUGGAAGCCAUUGGUAAAAGUAUCGAUAAAAAAGCCGAAGCGAAUAAUGCAGCCAGAAUAUUUACAAAUAACGCUAAAAAUUCGUCGGCCAUCAAUAACAACCUAGCUGCGACGGGUGCAUUGAGUGUAACACAAGUUGAUAACAAGUGUUCGGUGAAUUUAUUCAAAAAGGCCCUAGUUGAUUACGAAGGUGACUCGGACGACGAGGAAGACGACGAAAACGAUUUAUUAAACGCAAAACGAGCGCGUUUCACUUGAACAGAGAAGUUUUUAUAUUAUUUGGGUUUUUGUUUGUUUGCAAAAUUCAAAAGGAAUAAACCGUUGUGUACUUUAAAAACGCCAUCGACGAAAAUCGAGGUUUAUUUUGUUUGUAGUAUCGAUCAAUAUUAAUCUAACAGGUGUACCUAUUUUGUAGAAAUGAAAAAUUCGAUAAUACAAACCGACGUCCACAUCACAUACGAAAAAAAUUCGAGUUUAAACGCGCUGUUUGAACUACUUAUACUAUGUAUUGAUGUAAGCGGAAGAUUUUAACUAGAUGACUUCGAAAUUGAACCUUUUUCAUUAUUGAUUAGUUUUUUCUCUUUUUUUGAGGGAGGAGGGGAGGGGGCCACCACCUAAACGAUUUAGCUAUGCUUUUUUUCCGGAUAUUUUUCUUGUUGAAGGUACUUUAUUUAAUUUGUAAUCGACGAUUGUUCAAAUUCUUUCUGUGCGAAGACGCGAGCAAAAUUUACCGAUGUGAAAUUCAUUUUUUGUGUGUGUGUGUUUUUUUCCUAUCGAACGCUUUUCGAGUAGAUGGAUAUGAUUUUGCUCGCGUCUUGAAUGUUUUUUCUUUUCGUUUACGUACGAAUAUUAUAUUUUUUUCUGUUGUAUACAGGAUGCGUGAUUGAAUCUGGAUGUUUUGGAUAGGUAUUGAUUUCGUUCAUUUGCAGGAUGUUAUUUUGUGGCUCGUCCACUUGAGGUGUUCGAGUAUCAUUGCCUACCUAAAAUGUAUCCCGGUACAAUUGGCAACCUGUGUGUUGAGCCAAAUUCGCAGUCUGCCGAAUUGAAAUUUUCCUUGUGCACGCACUCCAGGCAAAGCGGUUUCCAAAUUCGUGCACUUUUCCCAUUAAAACACGUUUUUUUAUUCAUAUGGAUGGUUGAGAAAAAACUUGAGAGGUAUUUUUAUUCAAAUUGUAAGUUCAGGGCUUCAAUUUUGAAAAAAUAAUCACUUCAACCUUUAAUAGAAAAAUAUGGUUGAAAAUCUUUUUUGAGAUUUCCUAUCUGAGAUAGGGAUUUUUUUCUUCCAAAUUAUGGCUCUGAACUCAAUUUUUGAGAGAAAAAAAGACUUCUAAUUUUUUUCUAACCAUUCGUAAAAAUGAUAAAUUUCUUUUAAUAGGAAAAAUUCACGAAUUAGGCAACCGUUCUGCCUAGUACGCCCUUUAGAGCGUUAUAUUUGCCAAAUGCUUCGGCAACUGCGCGAAUUUGGCCUAACUUGUAUACUGUUUUUAAAUGAAAAAUUGUAUGAAAACGUUGUAUACGUUUGAAUAAUUUUUUAACGGAUAACUACGUUUACGCGAUAGAAGGUGACAUAUUUUACGGUCUUCUAUGCAUAUUUUUUUCUGCCUUUGUACAUAAUAUGUAUAUGUAUAUUUUAAUGUAUAACUUUGUGUAAAUUUAAAUAGAGCCGAAAAAUAUUCAAUAUUUGUUAAUUAUGUGAAAUAUUAUGUAUUUAAUUUUCGGUCUUAAUAUAAAUUUUUAUGUAUUGGUA